AUGUCCUCCAGUAUUGCAGGUCCAAUUACGGUGCUGUCUUCGACAGUCUUGCGCCUGGCCACUUAUGUCUUCCUACGCUGGAUUCCCGGCCAUUUCGCACCUCCACUCAUUCUGAGUGCCUUUGCUGUAUAUGCCACAUCAUUCUUCUAUCAAUUCACCCACACAAGCCCAUACGAAGUCGUGGCAGAUGAGCUUGAUAUCAUUACUAGGGAUACAAUCGAUCGCGACGACAGCGAUGAUGAACUUCUGAUCGAUGCUGAGACUGAAGAACCCCUUCAAGAAAUUGAGGUACAGGAAACCAUCGUUAUUGAGGAAAAGGACCCCAAGAUCGCCCGAAGCCUCAUCACCGGAAUGCCUAGCCCAAGCUCUCUCUUCUGGUCUGCCGUGACAUUUCUCACGAAUGUCGCUCUACUGGCCAUGGUUGCUGACAUGGUGUACCGCGCCCCACUCUUCCAUCCCUCCCACAACCUGUCCUUCGUUCGCGUUGGUCACGUAGAUGAGCAUGGCGCUAAGCUCUUGAUCAGAGAGCCUCGUACCUCUGAACAUCCCCUUCGCUUGAGCUACAGAUAUGCAGGUGCUUCCCCUGACGAUGGCUUCCGUGACCACGACGCAAGCUGGAAACAUCCUCACAAUGCCAUCAACGUCGACGAGAGCACAGACUACACAGGCGUCUUUCAUUUGACCGGGCUCAAACCCGACACUACGUACCAAUACACCGCAUCCAACAACCACACCGGCUUCUUCGUCACUGCUCCCAGAGUUGGCCGCACUGCUCCCCGCAACAAUGAUGUCUUCACCUUCUUGCACUCAUCCUGCAUCAAGCCCAGGUUCCCUUACAACCCUCUGCAUCACCCUCUCGAUAUCCCAGGCUUCAAGCAUCUGGCCAAGUUAUUGCCGUCGUUGAAGGCUCAUUUCAUGAUCUUCCUCGGAGACUUCAUCUACGCCGACGUGCCUAAGAGACUUGGUACUGACAUCGAGAGUUACCGUAGAGAGUACCGUCAAGUCUACUCUUCACCUCAGUGGGAGUCUGUGAGUUCAGAGGCUAAGCUUCCCUGGAUUCACGUUCUGGACGACCACGAGAUUGCCAACGAUUGGGACAAGAACACUACUGGAGUGUACGAAGCUGCUGUAGACCCAUGGCACCACUACCAAGCUGCUGUCAACCCAGACCCAGUACGUCCUGGUGCGACAUACUUCAGCUUCAACCAGGGACCUGCGGCAUUCUUCAUGAUCGAUACUCGCCGUUACCGCCAACCCUUUGAUGGUACAGAUGGAUCCUACAAUGGCACCCAAGCCGAAACCGGCUACAAGAAGAGCAUGCUUGGUGACGAACAACUUCAGGAUCUCCUUGGUUGGCUUGCUGCCCCUGUACCCUCCGGCGUCAGAUGGAAGGUCGUGAUUUCAAGCAUCCCAUUCACGAAGAACUGGCGCUUUGGAAGCGAGGACACCUGGGGCGGAUACCUUGGCGAGAGACAGAUCAUCCUGGAAGCCAUGUGGGACGUCGGUCUUCGUGGCGGAGUUGGCGUUGUUGUCUUAAGUGGCGACAGACAUGAGUUUGCCGCCACCUCGUUCCCUCCACCCACCGACGAUAAGGUCACUGGUCUUGAUACCACGAACGGCAGACUCAGAACGAAGAAAUGGCCCAUCAGCGCAACGGUCCACGAGUUCAGCGUCAGUCCGCUGAGCAUGUUCUAUCUUCCCGUUCGUACUUACAAGCAGACCGACAACGACGACGUGUGUGUUAAGUACAUGCCCGACGGCAAUUCGAAGUUCGGCGCUCUGAGCAUCAGCACACCGCCCACUUCUGACCAAUCUGAGCUGAAGUAUCGCCUGUUUAUCGAUGGCGAAGAGGCAUGGAGUCACAAGAUCUUGACUCCUCCUUUGGUUCACGGCAGUGGUCGCGGCAAGGAUGCGUUAUGGGGCUGA